AUGGCCCGCAACGUCGUGAAGGCGGCCAAGUCGGCCUCGACUGUUGUCUCAAUCAACCAUAAAUACUCCGUCCAAUCCACAGGCCUAUGGGAACGCCUCCGCCGCCUACUUGCCAUUGAUCCCGAGCGUUCAACUGGUGUCCCAUUGAACUCGCAAUUUCGUCUUCCAACGCCUGGUUCCCUUCCUCCCCAAUCAUACGAUGACCCUGUCACUCUCCCAGCCGGCGAUAUUGCCGACAACCCAUACUGGAAGCGCGACGUCCGCCGAAACUACCCCCGAGUCAGCACAGUGAACCAGGCCGAUGCCGUUGGCCUUCUCACCGUCGGAAGCCAGGCGGCGCCGAAAGAUGAGAUUCUGAAAAUCGGCGAAGCGGGUGAGAAGCAGCUCGUUUCUGUCAAGCAGGAGGGUGAGGAGCGUGGUCUGGCUGGCUUGUUCGAGAAGGAUAAGGCGGGUAUCAAGGGUGUUUUAGGCCCCAAUGGUCUCCCGCCAUUGCCUGCUAACCUGAACUCGGCCUCAAAGUACCAGAUCGACAGCGAUCAUGGUUACCCCAAUGUGUAUGUUGCCCUCUUCAUUUAA